GAGUGGGAGGCUUUAAAAAGAGGACGUCGGAUUGGGAGUUUGGGAUAAUUCUGACGGAGAGGACAGUGAGAAGUUGAAUAUAUCACUCUUUGGUUCACUGAAGAAGGAGGAGAGAGGGAGAGAGGGACCAAGGGAGAGCAUAGACGGAGGACGUGUGCCCAUGAGGUCGUUGCUGUUGGUGCUCCUGCUCAUCGGCAUCCAGGCUGUACUGAACAUGGAAGGGGCCCUGGGCCCGGUGGCUGCCAACCACAGCGCAGAACACCACACAGCAGCCAAUGGCAGAGCAGAACAGCAGCGGACGGCCCACCUGUCAGUGUCACCUCAGCAGGAGCAGCCAGCAGCAGACAAGGAGAGUCAGCAGAGACCAAGCCGGACCAGACAGGCCCACAGACCAGCCUCUCUACCCCAGGACGGGAGCUCUUCCCUGGGCCACUCUGAGACAGACUCCUCCUCUACCUCUUCCAUCCCUGAGGUGGACCCCAAACUGUUCAGCAAGCGGAAGUACCGCACCUCACCACGCGUCGUCUUCAGCGACGUACCCCCCUCUCACCACACCCUGGGGUGGGAGACAGGGGACGAGGAGGAGGGGGAAGGGGUGGGAGAUGGGGGAGUGAGGGUGAGACGGAAGGCAGGUGGACAGCCCAUGCACAGGGGGGAAUACUCCGUGUGCGAUAGCAUCAGCGUUUGGUUGGGGAACUUGACCAAGGCCACGGACAUCGCCGGCAACGAGGUGGAGGUUCUACCAGAGGUGAAGAUAGACAACGUCCGCAAGAGACAGUUCUUCUACGAGACCACCUGCCGCGUGGCCACACCCCCGGUGGGCGGGGCCGGGGCUGGGGGAGGGGCCAGCGGAGGCGGUUCUAAAGCGGGGUGCCGCGGCAUCGACAGCCGCCACUGGAACUCCUACUGCACCAACACACACACGUUUGUGCGUGCGCUCACCAAGUCCAAGGAGCAGACGGCGUGGAGGCUGAUUCGCAUCAACGCAGCGUGUGUGUGUGUCCUCAGCCGCAAGUCCUGGAGGCACUGACCUCUCACCCCUAGGACUAUGGACCCAUAUAUCACACACACACACACACACACACACACACACACACACACACACACACACACACAC